AAUGCGAACUUAAUAAUAAAUAAGUCAAACAAUAGUAAAAGGAUAUACAAAAUAUAAAAAAUUUAAUGUAAAUUAACCAGAACCUAAAGUUAUUAAUGAAUAACUUGUCAUAGAAUGCAUAAAAUAAUUUAAUUAAGACAAUAAAAUAAUAGUAUCAGAAAAUAUUAUUUUCUAAUAAUUAAGAAUAUUAUAAAUAUCAUUUAAAAAUAUCAUAAAAAUAUAAAACUUAUAAGGACUAGAAAAAUUAGAAAAACUUUAAUUAGAUAAUAAUAAAAUAUUAAAAAUCGAAAAUAUAAGUCAUUUAGUAAACUUGAAAUGGUUAGAUUUAUCAUUUAAUUAAAUUAAGAAAAUUGAAGGCUUAGAAAUGCUAACAGAAUUAAAAGAUUUGUCUUUAUAUAAUAAUUAAAUUUAAAAAAUUGAAGGCCUUUAAACUAAUUUAAAGUUGAAUGUUUUUUCAAUUGGAAAUAAUAGAAUUAAAUCAUAUGAAGAGAUAACUUAAUAUUUUUAAUAUAAAAAAAAUACUGAUGAAAUCGCUAAAGACAAAUUUCAUUUUAAAUAUUUAUAAGUAUUAAAUAUAGAAGGAAAUCCAUUUACAAAAACAAAAGAAAAUGAAUAUAAAACUCAUAUUAUUUGUGCUAUACCUAAUUUAAAAUAUUUAGAUUAUGUUUUUAUUGAUGAAGGUGAUAGAAAUUUAAUUAGAUAAACAGAAGAAAAUAUAUUUGCUUAAUAUUAAAUAUCUACAAAUGAAUAUGAAUAAUAAAUGAAAGAAUAAGAAGCAAGAGAAAAUGAAAUGAAAUUAUAAAUUAAAAGAAAAAAAGACGCAAAAAUGGAUAAUAUAGACAGAUUAAAAGAUGAAUUAGUAUUUAAUGAUGACUUGGAAAAAAUAAAAGUUAUAAAUAUGAUAUAAAUAAAUGAAGAAAUAGAAAAGUUUAAAUAAAAAAUCGAAACUACUAUAAAGGAGUUAAUAUAAUCCCCUAUAAUAUUAAAACAUUAACUAAUACUAGAUGACUUAUUAAAAUUUGAAUAAUCUUUUAAACAAAGAGAAAUUGAACAUGAAAAAGAAGCUUUAAAAAUUGUAUAAUUAUUUGAACAUGAUAGAAAAAUAACAUUUAGAAAUUGUGUUUAAAAUAAUAAAAACGAUAAAUAAUUGAAAGAGUUACAUGAAAAAACUUUCGAAUUAAAAAAUUCAUUAAUGGAUAUUGAAGUUCAAUUAGUUGAUGAAUUAGAAGCUGCAUAAAACGAAUUUGAAGCAUCUGUUAAGUAAAGGUUUUCUUAAGAAAUUGACCCUCAUUUCGAUAAUGGAAGUAAAAAAGUAGAUGAAUGCAUAUAAGAAUUCUUUAAUAAAUUAAAUGAUAUAAAAGCUUAUGAAGAAAAAAUGUUUCAUUAAAAUUAUGAAAAUGUAGAAGAUGAUUAAUAAGAGGUGGAAUUCGAUGAAAAGGAAAAUUUAUUGGAAAAUAAAGAUAGUUUAAAUUAAAUGAUAAUGUAAAUAAAAGAUUAAAUGUUAGAAACUGCAGGAAAAAUAAUUACUACUUCAUAAACUGCUGUAAAUUAAGAAUAAAUUGAAUAUUCGAAUAGGAAAAAAUAAUAUAUGUAUUAUAGAAAUAGAAAGAAUGUGCAAUAAAUUAUUUAAUAAAUUUAAGUCUAUUAAAAAGAAAUUUAAUCCAAAUUAGAAAAAGAUGAUAGUGAAAGUGAAAGAGAAUGA